GGUCAGAGAGGGAGGAGAGCCGGGAUCCCCAGCUCACACCGCGGGAGACAGCCGGGAAAGGGCUUGGGACUGAUAGGGGAGAUCAAUCAUGAAACAGCGAAUCGACAAUGCGGCCCGGGAUCUAGUGGGACCGAGGAGAUCUCAUAGAGAAUAGCCGGGAUCCCCGUGAGCGGCGGGUGUCACAGCAUUGCCUGCGGAGUCUGAAAGGUCAUCUCUGUCACCGAGAAGGGGAGAGAAGUCUAUACGGUGAAUGGAAGGCGCUCUGGAUUGAGUCUGGAGAGGGUUUGGGAGCCGCUGCUCGUCACCUCAGCCCUUCCCCUGACCGCGCAGCCAGGAGACCCGGAGAUGCCAGGCAGCGUCAAGUGGUUGCCCCCCUCCUACAGCCACGCUGACUACCAGUCCCAGAAGAAAUGCAAGAGCAGCUCGUUCGCCUUCUACCAGGCGGUGAGGGAUCUGCUGCCGGUGUGGGUUCUGGAGGACAUGCGGAAUAUGGAGGUGCUGCACUGGGAAGAAGGGGGUCGGGUGAGCGCCUACACGCCCUCCGAGGCUCUGCUGUAUGCCCUGGUGCACGAUCACCUGCCCUAUGCCCAGUACCUCCUGAGCCACUUCCCCGGGGAUGCCCUGGCCGUACCCAGCAAGAACUUCAGCUGCUGCCAGACCUCUGCCCCGCACCUCUCCAUGGCUGUCCGGUACGGCCGGGUGGAAAUCCUCCGGGCGAUCUUGCAGACCCUGCGGGGCUUCCCUUCUAGCAGCCGCGCUGGCCACAUUAACCGCAGGGGCUGCCAGCGAGUGGAAGGGGGGAAGACCCCGGUGCACCUGGCCUGCGAGCUGCAUAGGGCGGACUGUCUGAUGCUGCUGCUGGGGCACGGAGCCUCUCCCUCCAUACCGGACAGCGGCGGAAAUACCCCGCUGGACUGCCUGCUGCUGCAGCUUAUAGGGGGCAGUAAGCAGGAGCUGCGGCUCAAACGCCUCUGCCUGGACUCCCUGCUGCUCUAUCUGCCCCGGGGGCUGCCCUUUAAAUCCCGGGACCGGCUGCGGGAGGAAGAGGGGGUCUGGCGGGAGCUGCUAGGGCUGGACUUGUACCGAUGGCUGGUGGGCAGCUCUCCCCCCUCACUAUUUACCCUCUCCAUGCAGACCUUGCUGGGGACCCUGCCGCCGGAGAGGUUCCCGGAGGCCCUGGAGGGACUGUCCCUGCCUGACUUUCUAAAGCCCCUGGCACUGAGGAAGAAGCUCUAGCGCUGGGGCGGAACAAGUGGGACUGAACUUAACCUCUUCAUGUAUCUGUAUAUUUGGAUCUAGUCGGUAUGGGGUGACUUUUGUGUUUAGUUCAUCCCAUUAUUUUCAUCCCAACAUGGCAUUCAACAUCUACCGGUUUUACAUUAAAUAUGAAGCCGUUAUCGAUAAAAUAAUACCGAUUGCCGUUAAAUACCUCCGGUAUACGAGUUCAUCAGCCGUUGUAUAUUUACACCCAAUAAAUAAUAUUAUUGAUAUAUAAACAGAUUUUCUCCCCAAAAUAUCACUUUAAAGGUGCCGUUCUGUCUACGCUGCUGAAUUCCUCACUUUUUGUAACUAAACGCGGCAUUAAAAACAGCCAGACUUUUAUCAGAAA